UGCCGUAAACGCGUAAACCUUACUGUACAGUGUACACGAAUAUCAGUUCAUCACUACAUUGUACAAGCGCAUGUCUUCUGACUAUGUUUUAAUUGUUUUGUCGUCAUAGUUAAGUUUAAUAGAGUUGUUUGAAGUUUAGUCUGAACUGUUGACUUCUAGUCACUAUAGUUUACUGUAAAUUUGUAACUUACAACGUUGAACUCAGCAUUUGGUAAUCGGUACAAACGCUGUCGCGCAUUUGCCGCCGCAAAUUCGCUGAACCGAUCGACAUCUCUUUGACUUGAAUAGGCCACGCUAUCCUUGAAAUCGUUUUCGACGUCGUCAUACUCGUAUGAAACAACUUUAACAAAAUUGUCUUGAGUACUCGCUCUCAAUUGUGUGCGCUGUGGUUUAUGUGGUCGGAUCCAUCAUCAACAAACAUGGCUUAUGGGAACCAAUGGAUGAACCCUGCUUUAUAUAAGAAUAUGAACAACGAACAAGUGGAUUGGGCAAGUUUAGCUCAACAAUGGAUCAAAAUGAAAGAAACUCCACCUCCGAUGCUACAUGGCCAACAAGAUAGAAUUCCGACUUCUGAACACACUUUACCCAGUCAACAUGUAGAACCUCAGAAUCUUUCAAAUGCAGCAGCAGGAACGAAUAUAACUCUUAAUGAUCAUACUAUUGCCAGUCCUGCUGCACGAAAUAAAAUUGAAAAACCUAGUGCUUGGAAUACAUGGACUUGGCAACAACAACAACAAUGGAAUUGGAAUUGGGCAUCUUCUUCGACAUCUGUACCUAAUAAAACACCUAUUAUGGAGUCAAUUAAUCCACUUAGACCCCCUUUUAUUAUGCCUCCUAUAUUAUCUGAACCACCUCCACCUUACCCAAUGAUGACACCAAAUAAAUCAUAUCCACCCAAUAACUAUUGGGUAGGGCCCAAUACUAGAGUGCCGCCGCCUACUGAACCAGAUCAAUGGAAUAAACUUAAUGUGAUUACUAAUGUAGAUGAUAGAACUCAAGAUCCAUCGUUUAUUGAUGCUGCUAAACGAAAGCAAUUACCUGCUUGGAUUCGAGAGGGACUAGAAAAAAUGGAAAGAGAAAAACGAAGAAAAAUUGAACAAGAACAAUCCUUUAGUGAAUCUGAUUAUUCUAGUUUUACAAAUGAAAAUAUUACUCAGGAAUUGCCAAAUUCACCUUUGAAUUUAGACCAUGAAACUCAAAUGAUUGAUGACGAUGUUGAACCAGCGUCUAUUGAUUAUGUCAAUGAUAAUGAACCUAGAAAAACUGAGUCUGUGAAGAAUGACCUUUCUCCUCUCAACCCACGUAAGACUAAAGCUCAAAUCUGGGAAGAUACGAUGUUAAGUCUACGAAAAAUUCUAACAAAAUUAUUAAUGGAUGUUACUAAUGAUAUGAUGUUAAAUAUAGUCAAAGAUGUGCUGAAAUCUACUUUACAAACAGAUAAUCAAGUGAAUCGAAAUCAAACAUCAUUAGCUGGUAAUCUGGGACUUGGAGUUUAUGGUUCAGAAUCUGGGUCAUCUGAUGAAAGUGAUGAAGAACAGCACAUUUCAGGUCAUAAACAAUUAAAACAGGAUUCUGAUGAAGCUAUUCAAGAAAGAAUAUUAAAACGCCAACGUGAGUUCAGUUAUAUUGAAGCAAGAAUCCUUAUAGAAUUAGAUCAGCUAGAAGACCGGGAAAAACUUGUGAGAUCCAAAUUUGAUAAUAGUAUCAAACUCGGUGAAGAGAUUAAUGAUAAUAGUAGUCAGGUAGUGGAAAACAUUCAGAAAAAAGGAUGUACUGAGGAUGAAGGACCUAGCCAAAAGAUGGUCAAGGAACAUGAUAAAAUUAAAAAAGAAUUAUCAAAUGAUUUGAAUAUUAAAAAUGGACAAAAAAAAAAGAAAUCUAAAUCAAAAAGAUCAUCAAGUUCUAGUUUAUCGAGCAGUAGUAGUGUUAGUAAGAAGAGUGAUAAUACUGACUAUAAAUACAAAAAUAAGACAAGUGAUAAAAGUAAAUCAAAAUCUUCGAUUAAAACUAAUGCAGAUAGUGUAAAGAGAAAACGAAGAUCGCGUUCUAGAAAUAGAAGUAGAUCACAUUCAAUGUCAAAGAGUAGUAGGUUGCAUUCAAGAUAUAGGAGUAGGUCACGUUCAAGAAAUUAUGAUAGAAGAUCUCCGCAUAAUUAUAAAUCAAGAAGAAGUCGAUCGCCACCAUCACAUAAUUCCAGAAAGCACAAAAGCAAACGAAAUAGUUCUUCUAGUUCAAAUGAAUCAAGAAGUAAAAAACACCGUUACAGACGAUAAUGUUCUGGUUGAAAUAUAAUUUUAAGAGGUUAAAAAUUAUUUUUUUAUCAAUACUGACUCAUUAAAUUAAUUACAUUUUAGCUUUAUUUAUAAAUAAUAUAUAUAUAUAUGUAUAUAUAUUUAAUAUAUUUAUAUAUAUUUAUAUAUAUAUAUUACACUAGGUUUUUAGUUCUUAAUAAAUUAAAUAAUUCAAUUAGACCCAAAACAAAAAAGUAAUACAUUUUUUAAUUAUUUAAUUUAAUAAUUACUGCCAAUUCAAUUUUUAUUAGAAAUUUAUAAUCUUAUCUCAAUCGUUAAAAUAAACAUAUAUAAUUUUGUACAUUUAUAAUAUAUGUGUUACUUAUAAAUAAUAGAUCCAGAAACUGUAAUUUGUUUAUUUAAAAUUAAUAGUGUUAUGUUUAUACUCUGCCGUUCUUACAAUAAAAUAGUAACUCCUAAGUAUUGAACUCAUGAAAGCACUUUAACAUUUUAGGUUUGUAUCAGUGAGACCCAGUAAUCUCAAUUAUAUAUAUAUAUAUUUUAAACAACAUUAAAAAUAUUAUUUUAAAACUAAUUCAAUUUUCACUCACAGAACUUGUGACCUUGUAACCUUAUAAUAUUAACUAGCUUUUUUGUUUUAUCUAUUUUAUAAGUAGAAAUUAUAAGUACACACAAAUUGGAGUUACUUCUUAAAAUAUUAUGGUUGUUCAAGCUGUAAAUAUAGCUUAAUACACUAAACAUAGUAUCUAAUUCUACUUAUAAAAUAAAAAUAAUAUGUAUAUUUUUUUAAUUUGAAAACCAUGUACUUUCACUAAAGGGCUCAUUGACACAAUAAUAUAAUAUAAUACAAUGUAUAACAAAAUAAUUAGUAUAAAACAAUCAAUUUUUCUAGUUUUAUUUUAUUACCUAUAGAUAAAUGGAUCAAUAAAUAUUUAAUGUUAAGUUAUGUAUUCAAAAAUGUGGAACAAAUUCAAAAACUGGCAGAAAGUAUUUCAAAAGUAUCAAUACGGUUUUAUUUUAUUUUAAUGUAGAAUUUAAAUAUUCAAUUUUUUCAUUAAAAUAAAAUAUAGCAUACCAAUAGUAUAAUUGAGUUAAUUUAUAAAUAAACUAUUAGAAGGUCUAUUAAGUAUGAAGAAACAUCUGAAGACGAUGUAUAAUUAUAAUUUAUAAGUUAUUGAUACUAUUAACACAAACCUGGUUCUGCUGACUAUAACGUUGAUAUAUACAGUGCCCAGCGAGGAUUUACCUAUUGUGAUAUCUCCUGAAAUAAUGGAGAUAUCAUAGUUCUGUUUUUUUAAUAAGAUUCACAGGGACAAGAACUACAAAUAUUUCAUGUUUUGGUAAAAAAGUUAAAAAAUGUAUUUUUUUAUUUAAUUGUUUUCAAAAAAAUCUAAGAUAGCCAUUUUGUAAAGUUUAUUUUUCUGAAAAUAUUGACGUUUCAACAUUUUAAUUUCAUCAAUUUCCUGAUUUUUAAUAUUUUUUUCAAGUUUAAAAAAAAAUUGCGAAUUAUUUAAUACGAUUGUGUCAUAGAGGUAUCAUUGUAUCAAACAUGUGGCCCGCGUGCACGUACGGCUGGUGAACGCCUGCAGUGUGGCUCAUAAUAAAUAUAUUUCGUUUCUUUAACGUUGUUAAAAUUUUAAAUUAAAUAAAAUUGCUAUUGUACAAAAUACCAAUAUGUACAUCUUUGUUAUACCUAGCAUUAAAUACCGUUAUAUUAUAAUAUAAUUAUAAUAAAUAGAUAAAAUAAAUGUAUUUUGUUUACUUUGGAUUUAGUACAAAAA